AUGUCGAAUACUCGAAACGACGACGACGAACAACUACCCAACGCGGCCUCUCCAACAAAUAUUGAUCACGUUACCGAGGAGGAAGAGGAGGAGGACGACUACGAUGAUGAGAACGAGGAUAAUACUGACAACGUUGAGGGUGGACCGCAGCAGCCAUCUCCUACAAUAGUUCCCGCACCGCUGAUGCAAGUGGAGUCGUUAGUCGCUGGACGCGCACGACGUUCUACUGCUGGAAAUAGGCUUGCAACUUUACUACACCAAGAGGCUGAUGCGGAGGAUACUCUCUUCUUGGAAGAUGAGGAUGACGUUGAAUUUGCAGCCGGAGAGGUUGAGGACAUGUCUGACGUUCAACUGGAAUCGUCUAGCGAGGAUGAGGACGACGCUGGGCCUCCUACAAUGAACGAAAAUGGCGAACAAGUUGAUGAGGAUAUGGAAGGAGAGAGAGAGUUGCAACGGAUUGCGAAGGAGGCUCACGCAGUGAAGAAACGUAGAGCUGGGGAAGCAUUUCUGAAACCGAGAAAAAGAGUCACGAUUAAGGAUCCGUCUACAACUACAUCUACAAAUGCUGGCGCUUCAGCACAAGAUUCUACAGAAACUCCUUCUACGGACUCGUCUUUGCGACCGAGGAAAAAAUCGGAAAGAAUAUCAUGGUUACCCCAGGACGUUUACGCUGUAAGAGCAUCAAGUCGCACAUUAUCUUUACAGAAUAGAACAGAAACGAUGAAACGUUUAGAGGAAUCUGAAAAGCGACGAUUACGCACUAUUAAAUUAAUGGAAGCUGCUGCCGCGAAAAAGGAUAAAACAAACCCGCGGGUGAUGACGCAAGAAGAUAGGCUACGGGAAGCGAAGCUUACUGAAGAAAAAAAUCUGAAGAGUUUGAAUAGGUGGGAACAAAACGAAGCUUACAGGUUGGAGGAGCAACGGAAGAAACUUGCAGCGUUACAGAAUCGCCGGCUGGUGGGGCCUGUCGUUACGUUCUGGAGUGGGACGGCAGAAUGGGAUGAGAAAGGGAAAUUGAUGAGAGUUGGCAAAGGUCUCAUUGAGAUUAUUGAUGGCAACGACGAAGGAGAGGGGAAGAAGGGUAAAGGCAGAGAUGAAAAGAGAAAGAGCAACAAAGCAAGAUCGACGGCGAUAAGUAAAGCCAAAGGGAAGGAGAAGGCAACCCCCGAAGGUGAAGUUGAUUCUUCUUUGCAAGAGGUGCGGCAGCAGGACGCGAAUAUAAUGCCUCACUCUGGAAAAAAUUCGAACCUCCCGUCUCCACAACCACCACUUUCCACAAGCCCGUCUCGACCGACAAGUUCGACUUCGGAUAAUCAAAACCCCGCACUUUCGUCCGGACCUACGCUGCUAGCGCCAACUCCCCCGGACGCGGCCUCGCAAUCACAGGUUAUCAGGAGCAAUGGCGCUUUGCCAAUGCUCUUGGAAGGAAUACUGGAGUAUGCUGCUUUGCCGGACCCUUCGGAAACUAAGGGACCACCUCCGGUAAAAACUACAGGCGAACCAGCAGGCGAAUCAACAACUCCCACACCUCUUCAAGCUCAAGUCGAACCCCCGAGACCGAAAACCGAAGCAUCUACUAGGAAUCUAGUGGUGCUUGAGAAUUUUGAUGCGCCGGAUGUUCAGACCAGGGAGGGGGUAAUCAAGGUGCUUUUUCCCAGCGAAUCAAAGAGAAGUUGGCCUGCCCCCAAACAAACCUGUGUCAUAACGCAUCAACCGGCGAAAUUUCGCGAUCCGACCACGGGGAUGCCAUAUGCAUCUUUGCAGGCAUAUAGAGAGCUGCUAAGGGAGUCCCGGACGGAUUCCUGA